AUGCUUGGUCAUCUCAUCGCAGAGAGCGGUGCGAUUGACGCUGAUAAUCUUCAACGAAUCUUUGACGAAGCGAAAGACCUAGGCUAUCCAGAGCGGUGCUAUGCCUGGAUUCUGGACAAGUUGAGCUGCGAGAAACAGCGCGGCAGCAGCAUGUACAUCGCCAUGUGGAGGCUGGCAUCACGAAGAUGUCGCUUCACCAUCAUGGAUGCACCUGGGCACAGCGACUUUUCCAAAGACAUGGUCACUGCGAUGUCGCAGGCUGACAUCGCUGUGCUGGUUGUACCUGCAGCAGAAGAGCUGGAACAAGAGAAGGAAGGUCAACUGCGUGAACAUACGUUGCUGGCCUACACGCUCGGCUUGCGCAGGAUGGUGGUGUGUGUGAACAAGAUGGACGCUGAUGCGGUGCGCUUCUCUCAAGAGCGCUUUUUGGCUGCGUGCCAAGUUGUCCGUGAGGGCUUGAAUGCUGCAGGGCUCAAAACCCACGACGUGUACUUCGACGUGCACUUUGUGCCAUCAUCUGGUUGGUUUGGAGACAACGUCACAAGCCGUUCAGACAACAUGCCGUGGUAUUGUGGGCCAACACUCAUAGAGGCACUGGACGAGACGGUGGCUUCGCACUUCAAGCCUGAUCGACCCUUGCGCUUUCCAUUGCAAGAGGUGAUGAAAGUUGGUGGCAAAGGCACGGUGGUGGUCGGACGUGUGGCCACUGGCUCCUUCAGCGUCGGCUCACGGCUCCUAUUCGCGCCAGGACAGGUGCAGGCGCAGGUCACCUCCAUCACCAUGCAGCACGAGGUGCUUGAUGAGGCUUCCAGCGGACACAUGGUCUCCGUUUGCCUUGACGUGGAGAUGAGCGAGCUGAAACGUGGUAUGGUAGGAUCCUCUGUGGAUGACAACCCUGCUCGAGAGUGUUCCUCCUUCGUGGCGCAAGUGAUUGUUCUCAGUGAUCCCCGCGCCGGUGCCAUCCACGCUGGCAGCGAACUCACUGUCUUGUGCCAUACAGCACAAGUUCUGUGUGCAUUUCAAGAGCUGCUGUCGCGAACCGAUCGUCGAACAGGUCAAGUCUUGGGCUUGCGCCCCACAGAACUGCGAGCGGGCGAUGCUGCGGUGGUUCGCUUAAAGCCUUUGGCCUCGCUGCCCGCACUGUGUGUCGAAGCGUUUGAGGAGUAUCCAGCACUCGGGCGCUUCUCAGUGCAUGACCAGAAGAUCACCGUAGCGGUCGGCGUGGUGCAGAAGGUGGAGCAUGCCGCACCGGCAGCGGUCCCUCGUGCUCCCCGGAUCCUGCGAAGUGCGCCAAAGCCUCGGCCGAAGCGGCUGCACCGGCCGGUGGAUUCGGGCGAGGAGCAGGAGGCGCCUGUAUUGAUGCCAUCGCUCCCACCGGCCUCUCCCACUCGCCGCACGCGCUCCGGCUACUGCUCGGUGUCACAGAUGCCCUCUCCGUUUGCAGCGUUCGGAGCAGUGGCUGCGAGCCAGGCGCGCCGCGCAGCGGCUUCCCCCAAGAGUGCUGGAAGUGAAGAGAUGUCGCCGGAUUCGCCAGAGUAG